AUUUACAAUUCAUUAAAAAAAAAAAACGAUUCCACAUUCUCAUUCUCUCCACUUUCACCAUCACCCACAAACAAAACAAAACAAAACAAAGGAAUUAAAUCAACCCAAAAGAAAAAACAAAUGCUGAAGAGAAGCCUUCACUUACACUCAACUCACAAACCCUACUUACCAACACUCACCCGCACCACCCUCAUCUUCCUCUUCAUAAUCUCCAUCACUAACCAUGGCAUAUCACCCGUUAAAGCUCACAUAUUCAUCUACUCAGGUUGCUCUCAAGAAAAAUACCAACCCAAUUCUCCAUUCGAAGCAAAUCUCAACUCAUUCCUCGCAUCCGUCGUAAGCUCAUCCUCCGAAGCCUCAUACAACAGCUUCUCCAUAGGAAACGGAACAUCUCCCCCAUCACCACCCGACGCCACCGUCUUCGGCUUAUACCAGUGCAGAGGAGACUUAAAAACCAUCGACUGCAAGGUAUGCAUACAAAGCACAGUGAAUCAAAUAGGUCUCGUUUGUCCGAACUCAUACGGGGCAGCUUUACAACUCGAAGGCUGCCAUUUACGCUACGAACGGAGUAAUUUCUUGGGGCAACUCGACACGAGUGUGAAAUACAAGAAGUGUAGCAGAAGUAGUGUGAGCAAUGACGUUGAAUUCUUUCGGCGGAGAGAUGAUGUUCUUGGUGACUUGGAAACGAGUACGGGUUUUAAGGUGAGUAGUUCGGGUUUAGUUGAAGGGUAUGAUCAGUGUCUGGGGGAUUUGAGUAAGGAGGAUUGUUCUUCUUGUAUUGGUAAUGUUGUUGCGAUGUUGAAGAAUUUGUGCGGUUCUGCUGCUGCUGCUGAUGUUUAUUUGGGACAGUGUUAUGCUCGUUACUGGGCUUCAGGAUACUAUGAUGUCUCAGAUUCAUCUCACGAGGAUCAAGUGGGAAAAACUGUAGCCAUUAUUGUUGGUGGAGUAGCAGGUCUUGCUGUUCUUAUUGUUCUUCUCUCAUUUUGCAGGAAAUCAAUGGGUUAAAAAUUAAUGGAGGGAGAUGGAGGGUGAUCAUGCAAAUUAAGGCAUGUUUCAAUUAUAUAGGUGUGACAUUUAUAUUCUGAAUUUAUACAUUAAAAGACAAGUGGGGAUUAAUUCUUAUCCUGUGUUAUGAUAAAGUAACCACUAAUCUUUAAUCUCUAAUCUCUAUCAACUUUAAAA